AGAUAAGGUGCCCCAGCAGAUCUCCUGUGCCGUGCUGGUAUACCUGCCCUCAGCUGCUGUGAGAUAUAUCAGCAGCUACCCUGUCACUGAUUGUGACCUCAGAGGCUUCUGACCUUGCAAUGGGCCUGUGCGGCCUGCUGACCCUAAGCCAUGGGGUUAUGGCUCCCUUGGUGGCCUGGCACCCAGAACCAUGGCCAGCAUCAACCUCUGUGGUGUCACUUAAGGCUGUGUAUCAACGUGCAGCUCUGCUGGUUGGCUUGCUCCCAGCACACCCUGGACCUGGGCCUCCCAUCUGACCAAGGCUUCUGAGUGUGGCAGCAGAGCCCAGCCGUGGGGCCCCAGCAGCUCUCCCACUUGCAACUUCCUUGGAAAGAGCAGUUUUGGGGCUUUGUGAUCCAAGUCCUAAUCCUUGUCACAUUCAAGAUUUAAGCUAGGCUGCCUUGGUGAGCUCCAGUAGCCUGUGUGGACAGCCCCAUGACCGUUAGUGGAGUUACAGUUACUGCUGUUAAGAUGGCAGUAGAGAUGCCUGGAAUGGGUGUCAUGGAGUCAAGCGGUUCCCUGGACUCUGCAGUGGUCCCUGCCCCAGAGGGAAGCAGCAGUGACAGGACCAUCCUUCAGAUGGACGGCAGAUGGCUGGGAGGGACUCCUGCCACCGUAAUCAUUCAGGGUUGUCUCAGCUAUUCUGGAAGCCCAACACUCCUGGCUGUUGUUUUUGGGUGGACGCAAGCACAGCAGUUCACCUGCUGUCAAUCUGUCUUCCCUUCCCACGAGAAAUGAGGCAAUAACGGGGUUCUCCAUCGGCGGGGAAGUCGAAUGAACUCCUGCUCUUGCCUCUGCUCUGGCAACCUCCUCUUGUUCUCUAGCCAUGACUGAGGGGAACACAGCCUGACAGCCUCUGUGAUGGAAUCAAGAGGCCCGAAGAAGCCCCGUCGGUAUAAGAAACGUAAAAUGAAGAGCCAGGAGAGAUUCAUCAAGAAGUUUCCUUUCAGGUUGUCCUGGUUGACGGAGCCCAGCACAGCUUACCUCCAGUCUUGGAAGGCCAAGAGCAACACACUGAAGGACCAGCUGCCCUUACAGAAGAAGCUGGUGCCCACACGGUCCAUUCCUCCCCCAGGGGCUGGAGCUCCGGAAUUUACAUCACCAUUCAGCUUCUCCUCACAGUCUCCACAGCCUCCAAUAUGUAACCUCUGGGAACUUAAAUUACUGAGCCUCCGUUUCCCUAGACAAGACCUUGGCAAGCCGCCUCCUCCAAAGGCUGGUGAUAACCAGCCCUACACCAGUGGGACUUCGGGGCCAUCUGAGAGCUUUCCCUAAACAUCUACUCUCCAUGGCUCCUUUCUCAGCCACCUUCUCUCUGCUCCAAGCUGCUGCCUCAGAGACAUUUGUAAAGGGGAGCAGCCUUGUACGCCACCAAAAACCAGGAGUGAUCCAUCCCCCACACCAAAGACCAUACAGCACCAAUAAACUUCAUAGGUUCAAAUCCCAUUUCUGCUCAGACUGGUCAAUUUGCCUCCAGUUUCUCAUUUUUAAAAUGGGUAUAAUAUUUAAUCACGAGGCCUUGGAGUAAGAUUUAAAAGAGCAAAGGACACUUCUAGAAUUUUAUCCAAAUACAUGCACAUGUAAGCCAAGGUAUUGGGACAAUAAAGGUAGUCAUUCUAGUAGUUGGAAAUAGCAAGGGUAGGAGCUAACACCCGUUAGUAGUCACUGCUGAUGCUCACAGCCACACCUACGAUCUUAGGUAGCCAUUAAAAGAGCAACCAUGCAUUGAUCUGGAAUGGUAUAUAAAGAAUAGAAAUAUUUUUAAAGCAUA